GUCGCGAGGCGUGGUUUGUGUGCGUCACUUCCGGUGCGUGUGCGCUGAGCUGGCUCUGUGGCGGCGGCGGGCACGAUGAAGCUCCUGCUCCUCGCCCUGUGUGCCCUGGUUCCCGUGUCCCGCUGUGAGGAUGGUGCCAGGCUCCUGGCCUCCAAAUCCCUGUUGAACAGAUACGCAGUGGAGGGCAAGGACUUGACUUUGCAGUACAACAUCUACAACGUUGGCUCCAGCGCUGCCCUGGAUGUGGAACUGUCGGAUGAUUCCUUCCCCCCAGAGGAUUUUGGCAUCGUCUCUGGCAUGCUCAACGUCAAGUGGGACAGGAUCGCUCCAGCGAGUAACGUGUCCCACACUGUGGUUCUGAGGCCUCUCAAAGCUGGGUACUUCAACUUCACCUCUGCCACCAUCACGUACCUGGCACAGGAGGGAGGACAGGUCGUGGUUGGUUUCACCAGUGCUCCCGGGCAGGGAGGAAUCUUGGCUCAGCGGGACUUUGACAGGAGGUUCUCCCCUCACUUUUUGGAUUGGGCAGCAUUUGGUGUGAUGACCCUACCCUCCAUCGGGAUUCCCCUGCUGCUGUGGUACUCGAGCAAGAGGAAGUAUGACACCCCCAAGACCAAAAAGAACUGAGUGGAGAAAAAUGCCACCAGCACCCCAAGGCUCAGGAAAGGACAGUCAUGACCCCACCAAAGCCGUGGGUGCUUUUGGGUUGCACCAUCCUCUGCCAGGCAUUGCCUGGGCUGUGCUUCGACCCUCCCGGCAAAGGGACUUGAUCGCUGUGAUUGGGUGUCUUCUGGGUUUUUAAAAAAAAGAAACAAACCAGUAAAAAACCCAAAAAAAGUCCCAAAA